UAUGGCUGGCACUGUAUACGGGUUCGGUGUAUUGUUGUAUUUAGCAUCUAUCAUGUACUGUGUGCAUGCGCUGGAUUUCAAGUGGUAUAUGUCCAGCAUUCGUAAAGCGUGAAAUACCGCCCUCUAUUCAUUCCCGCUGUCCUUCUUCAGUGUGAAUGUUUUCCUUUGCAGCAAGCUCCUCAAUCCUCCUCUUGAAUUCCGGGUCCACCACCUCAUCUCCGAUUGCAGCUGGGUCAGGCAUGCUUCCAACAUUUACCGUCACGUUAGGCGGAAUCGUUGUAGAUGAAUUCAGUAGUUGGUCCUGGCCGUCUGUAGUCUGGCUGCCCCUCCAAGGUGAUUCUUGUGCUCCCUAUCCACACCAAGUUCCUCGAUCAAGCAGCGGGCCACAUCGACGGACUCCGUGACAAAAAGACAGGUUUCUCCAUCCUCGUCGACUAGGUUUACGUUUACCUGGAGUUCUUGGACGAGCGCGCGGAGCAGGUCGACAUGGCCGUACGAUGCCGCGGCGUGCAGGAGGGAAUACCCAGUGCCGUCCUGGGACGAAGCUAAGGCGGGGUUGGACCGAAGGAGCGGGAGGAGGGAGGGCGAAUUGUCUGCUGCAAGCGUGUAGAUAUUGGGCUGAGCGGAGGACAUAAUGAGAUGCGGAUAUCUCCUUCUACUAGAAAAUAAUAUACAAAUCACAGGGCUGUGAAUAAUGAGAACUGGUUAAACUGAACUAAUAAUGGUUUUGGGUUGAGCACCACCGCCAAAAAAAAAAAAAAAAAAAAAAAAAAGCCGGAUUUAGUUAGCAGCUGCCAGAGCUCCAUCAAUUAAGAACCUCGAAACUUCGGAUUUAGCAUCAUCAGCUCAGGAAAUAGGCAGCCAACUACAACUCAUUCGCUUGCAUUAUCUGCCUAGGAAUUUCUAGUAAACUGAUUCAUAGAUCUUUUCCAUCAACUCGAGUGGCAAGAUUGCAGAACCCUUUGCUGUUGUACUAGAAUUGCCCCGCUUCGCCUCUUUAACCUCCCAUUUCCCCCCUCCCAACAGCUUGAUCCUUUUCCCGUUUGAAUAUUCAUUUCGCAGAUCGGAAUCAUGGUUCAACAAGACGUUAAUGAGGUCACCCAGCUUGUUCACACGUUAGAGGCCGCGAGCGGAAAGAAAAAGCAACCAGGAAAGAAGACCUUCUCCUGCAAGAAGAGCACCUUUCCAGUCGCGGGGUCAGAUAUCAACGUGGACUCAUGGAGGUUCCAGGAUUGGGAUUACAAACGGGAUGACAUGCCAACCUAUGCUCGCGGUCUCUUUACGACCAAGAACAGGAACAAUCAGUAUGAAAUCGCCGUUCGAGGAUACGACAAGUUUUUCAACGUGGAGGAAGUUACCUCGACACGGUGGAGAAAUAUUGAGCGCAAUACUCGAGGGCCAUAUGAGUUAAGCGUUAAAGAAAAUGGCUGCAUUAUUUUCAUAUCUGGCUUGGAGGAUGGCACUCUGCUGGUAUGCAGCAAACACUCAACAGGCGCUAGAGCCGAUGUCAACCUCAGCCACGCUGUUGCUGGUGAAAACUGGGUGAAGCGGCAUGUAGCCUCCGUUGGUAAGACGAUGGAGGAUUUGGCCAAGGCACUGAGAGGCAGUAAUCUAACUGCUGUUGGGGAGCUUUGUGACGACAGCUUUGAGGAGCAUGUUCUCCCCUAUGAUGAGGAGGCGUCUGGCAUCUACCUCCACGGCCUCAACUACAAUGUCUCCGAAUUCGCUACCCUGCCUAGCCGUGAUGUUCACAGAUUUGCUGAUGAAUGGGGAUUUAAGAAGGCGAAGUACCUCGAGAAAGAUUCCGUUUCCGAAGUGAAGACUUUCUUAGAUAAAUGCGCAGAGACUGGAUCGUGGGAUGGUAGGGACACCGAAGGUUUUGUUGUCCGGUGUCAAAUAAGUGAAGGGGGUGUCAGUCCAUACAGAGACUGGUUCUUCAAGUACAAGUUUGAAGAACCAUACCUCAUGUACAGGCAGUGGCGCGAAGCCACCAAGGCAGUGAUUGGAGGAAGGCAACCAAAAAUCAAGAAGCAUGUGGCUAUCACAGAAGAAUAUCUUGAUUACGCAAAGAGGCAGCUUGCCAAGGAUCCUAUGCUUGCGAAGCUCUACAACCAAAACCACGGCAUUAUCGCAAUGAGAGAGGGCUUCUUGAAAGAGAGAGGGCUGAAGGGUUCAGAGAUCAUUGCCAUGGAAAUAGCCCAAGGAGAUGCGACUUCGCCUCUUGCUAACGUGACACAAGAUAUCGUCUUAGUACCAGUCGCCUCAAUUGGAUGUGGUAAAACCACUCUAGCCCUCGCCCUUGUGAAGUUAUUUGGCUGGGGACAUAUCCAGAAUGAUAAUAUUCAGGGACAGAAGAACCGCCCAAAAAGAUUUGCACAAGAGGUAACCAGUUCGCUUGCAACGCAUAAAGUCGUCAUUGCAGAUCGCAACAAUCACCAAAGACGGGAAAGGAACCAGAUCAUUGACGAUGUUCAACGAGCCAUACCUAAGGCUAAAUUUGUUGCCCUCCACUAUGUCCAUGAGCCCAAACAAAUAUUGCUGAAUGAUAUUAGAAAAGUUACGCAGGCAAGAGUACUAGAACGAGGGGAUAACCACCAGACAAUCCAGGCCAGUAGCAAAGACAGAGACUCGGUCAUUUCUAUUAUGGAAGGCUUUUUGAGUCGGUUUGAAGCCAUCGACACAGACCGCGACCCUGACGACGGGUUUGAUGAAGUGAUAGAUCUGGAUGUAACCGCCUCCUCCCGUGAAAACCUGGAGAAGGUCAUCUCAGCUAUAUACUCCUCAUUUCCAAAGCUCAUGGACGGCAAACUGCCAACCUCAUCUGACCUAGACAACGCCAUCGAUGAAGCCAUGAAAAACUACAAAGUCGACACAAAACACGACCUCAGAUUCUCGAACACCAACAGGUUCUCGAAACCAGCACCACGAGAAUCCCCUGACCAGCUCGUCAGACGCAUAGAUUACUUUAACAUCUCCUUCAAUACCAGCCAAAUAACCACCCUACUCUCCUCCCUCUUCCCGCCUUCAACACCACCCGAAAAAAUGAAACUAUACAACCACCUUAAAAACUCCCGUCGCAUCCAACCUUCAUUCCACGUGACCCUAAUCCACCGCGCCUCCCAACCAACCGACCCAGACAUCUGGACCUACUACGCAAACCUCUACAAAGCCGCCAUCCAAAAACAACAACCCAACCCGACAAACGGCUACGUCCUCGAAACCCCAACCCUAGGCUCCACCCGCGUCCGCGUCGAGCGGCUAGUUUGGGACGACAGAAUCAUGGCAUUUGUCGCGCGCAUUGUACCGCGGGAUGGGGACUCGUGGCCGUGCGCGAAUGAGAUUCCGCAUAUCACGAUCGGCACGGCUACGCCCGAGGUGAAGCCGAAGGAGAGCAAUGACUUGUUGAAGCGUUGGUUAGAGGUUGGAGCUGGAGGCGAGACGGGGAUUUGGGAGGCUGAGGUGUCUUGUGUCACGGUACUGGAGGGGAGUGUUGGGGAGGUGUUGAGGCGGUAGUAGAGAGCCAGGGAGAUAGAACGGGGGGGGAAGGGAAAGAGGGGGAAGCGGUACGGCGAAUUACUCUUUUACUAGAGGCUAAACGGAGAAACGUUGUGUGUGAUUUUCUUUUUAUAAAUAGGCACUUUAUUCCUUAUGAUAUACGUGCUUUCCCCCUUACACAACUUAUCUCAUCGAAAGGUGAGGAUAUAUUGAUUCCCUGCAAUUCAAGCCUUGUUUAUCUGGUAGGCGAAAUUUAAAUGGGCGAGUAGAAUGGCUGGAAUGGGUCGUGCUGCUAACGAGUAUGAUAUUUUUACUUCACUUUUCAUCUGUGUUAAGUCUUGCGACUCCAUGAUAUGAAAAUACGGGAUUGGUAUGAUUACAAGGGGGGAUAGAAUCUGAAUUUUCGGGAAAUCACUGAACGAGCGGAUUAUUCCACCACAAUCCCGUUAUUCAGGUGAAAUGGCGAUAUUGGAGUGGAGGAAAUAUGAAUUUAAACUUACACAUACCCCAGUGGAAUCAACAGGUUUCGCCUUAAAAUACCAAGAUAUAUGAUUGGGACAGUCACGAUUUUUUAUGUAUUGGUGCUGUAUGUAUGUGUGUAUGUGCCUGUCUAUCAAAGGUAUCGCGAAUUUACCAAAUCCAUUAUGGCAAAGGGGGAACAUGAGGAUGUCGGAGCAAAAAGGAGAAAAGGAGAAAAAGAGAAAAAGAAAAGGAAAUCCCCAUCCAAAAUUGUAGUAUGGGAGCAGCGUUUACCCCAUUCCAACCGUUUAACAGAAAACAAUACUGGAAAGGAAAUGAGGAAGAUAAAUGGAUGGCAAAUGAGCAAUAACAGGGGUAUAUAGAAACUAUAGGAUGGUUUAGUAAACGUAGCCUUUGCAAGAAGAGCAUGUCAGCUCGAAGGGAAAAAUUCGAAAGUAGUAUUACAUUUGCAUUCAUUACGCUGCCCCUCGCUUUCACAUUCUCUCCCUCUUCCCUCUAUUUCCUCAAUCACUCAUCCAAGCCGCAACCCUACCUCCCCCAACUCGCGUUGCUAGUCUCAAGCCCGUGCUGCCCAUGGGGAAAUAACUCACGAGAUACCAAACGAGCGCGACGAGUUGAAAAAUGCUGGAUAUCAAGGUGAGAAGUGUGGAGUGGAGCUGCGCGGGGGCGAGAUUGAAACUCAAAAGGUUAGCAGAUGACUCGUCGUGGAUAUGGAUUUAGAUUGGUACGGAUAGGGCGGAACGGCCCAUGCCCUUUAGGAUUUGUAUGAUAAUGCAAGAUUAG